AACAAAAUCUCCAACAGAAUACUGUUGCGCUCGAUUUGGACGGGAUCCGAUCACCCGGGGCUUCACCUCCACCCUAUAUAACUCGAGCCUGCGCCUCCUCUCGAGCCAUCUAAACGCAGAGAGCAUCUCUUCCGAAUGCCUCACCACGGUCAGAGAGGGCGGAGAGAGAAGAAGUCGCCGCCACCGUCAAAAGCCGGAGUUCUCCUGGGUCGCUAGGAACCUGUACGCGAAGGAAUCAGGCGCGGUGAAGACUUUGUACCCAGGGUAUUGCUCAACGGAGCAGGAUCUCCGCCCCGGUGCCGCGAUUCGCCGUGAAUCGAAGCCUCCGCGCCAUCAGGCGAGCAAGCAACCGAGGACCCCCGUACCCAGCAGGUGGAAAAUACUGAGCAGGUGCUCGUUGAAGGUGAAGAGCAGGUAGUCUAGGAGGAGGUCUACAACGAGGAAUACAAGCUUAUCUAGGUGGCGUCUCCUAGUCAGGCUGAUGGCGCCAAGGAAUAAUUAUUAGUUCGCUUUAUUAGUAUCAUUUAUUUUUAUAAGACACUUCCGCUAUGUAAUAAUAUUUAUGACAUUUAUCUCUAUACACUUGGUCAAUAUAUGUGCUGUUCUUCUUUGGCACACAUAUGAGACGCACCUGGCUUUAUCCUUUAAAUCUGGGUGUGACAGAAGUGGUAUCGGAGGAAAUGUUGACCGUAGGAUGAAACCUAGAUAGAACUGGACAAAACCCUUACCUACUUACCUUACUCUGAUUCUUUCCAUACUUUUCUUGAUCCUUCUCACCUUUGGCUGUUCUACACUGACUACUCUUAUCUUGCAACUCUAGAAAGACAAGACAAAUUUCACACCUUGGAAUCCUACAUCUAAGACUCCCUAAAGAGAUAGGAGACCUAAGACAAAAAUAUUUGCUCUAUCUAAAGUGUUUGGAUGUUUGUUCUGAUGAUAAAUGCUUGAUUUGCUUCUUUGAUUAACUGAAAUAGUAUAGCAGGGCAUUCUAGCUUGUACCACCAUAAGAUAAUGUAUUAGUAUUAGUAGGUGACACAAUAAUCUUCUGAGCUAGUAAAACCCCAAAAGAUCAUGUCUCGUAAUUACUCGUCUUAUCUGCAAUUCUAUUUUACCAUGUGUUUCUAACCUAAAUGGUCAAUAGCAGGAAGGGAGGCAUAAUCGAUCUACCUGCCAAUAACCGUCGCAGGAAGAUUGUUAACCAACCUCAACCAGAGAUGAAUCCUUCACCGAACCCUCCACCGGCUGGAGUAGAUCUAGUAGCUGCCACUCAGAUGCAACUGCUGCAACAAAUGGCAAACACCAUGAUAGAAAUGGCUCAGAUGCGACAAGAAUGUCAGGAGAUGCGCCAGGAGUUGCAGGAAAUGCGACAGGAACUCCGGCAGGAACGACUGGAACGGCAGCAACAACAACCACUACCUCCACCACCACCAGCUCCACCCCGGGACAAGCACCGGGAAUUCAUGAGUCACAAGCCACCUACAUUCUCCAACUCUCCAGAUCCUCUUCAGGCUGAUGACUGGCUAAAGACAGUAGAUAAAAUGCUCAACAUUGCUCAAUGUACUGAUCAGGAGAAAGUGCUCUAUGCGUCGGGUCGUCUCACUGGCCCCGCUGCUGAUUGGUGGGACUCUUACUGUGCUGCCCAUGCUGCUGCCAACACUAUCACCUGGGCAGAAUUCUCUACACAAUUCAGGAACUAUCAUAUUCCUGCAAGCUUGAUGAAAAUUAAAAAGAAGGAAUUCUUGUCACUUAAGCAAGGCAACAUGACAGUUAGUGAAUACCAUGAUAAAUUCAUUCAGCUGUCAAGGUAUGCUCCCGACGAGGUUGCUGAUGAUGAAAGGAAGCAGGAGCAGUUCAUGGAGGGACUCAUUGGGCCACUCCAGUACCAGCUGGUAUCUCACACCUUCUCAUCUUUCCAGAGGCUUCUGGACAAGGCUAUAGCUGUUGAACACAAACGUGUUCAGCUAGGCGAGAUGAAAAGGAAGACUAUUACCCAGGGACAGGGGAGCAGUAGCGUCCGCCGUCGCUAUGUUCCACCCCAGGGUACACCAGCUCGUCCUGGAGGAGGGCAACAGUCCUACCAGCGACCUGCUCAGCAGACACCACAGGCGACACCGCAGACUCCGCAUACUCGUCAGGAUGCCCCCACUGUCACCCCGGCGAGACCUACAGGACAGGGCACUGCUACAGACACCAUAUGCUUCAAGUGUGGCGAGAUUGGUCACUAUGCUAAUGUUUGUCCGAAGAGGAACCCCAACACACCGGCUCGUGGUAAUUCUCAAGUCAAGCAGACACAGACUCUAGGAAGCAACCGUGGCUAUAGCAUCGCUAAGGUUAAUCAAAUCAAUGUUGAAGCUACUGAGGAUGGUCCUAACAUCGUCAUUGGUGAAGAGCAGGUAGUCCAAGAGGAAGUCUACAACGAGGAGUACGAGCUUAUCUAGGUGGCAUCUCCGAGUCAGCUUGAUGGCGCCAAUGAAUAAUUAUUAGUUCGCUUUAUUGUUAUCAUUUAUUUUUGUAAGACACUUCCGCUAUGUAAUAAUAUUUGUGACAUUUAUCUCUAUACGCUUGGUCAUUAU